AUGGCUCCGCAGAGUGACCGCUCGCCUGGUGAAGGCCAGCCCUAUUUCGGUGGCACUGAGGACGCCCCCUCCGCUCCCGGCGGCAGCUCAGCGAGCAGCAGGGGUGCCUCGCCGGCCCGCACCGCCCUGACCCCUCGGGAGACGACGGUCCGCAGGAAGGGGAAGGCGCGACGGGGCCGCGGCAAGGCACGGAACGAAGGGCUGCUCAGCAAGCAGAAGAGGAGCCGGCGCAUGAAGGCAAACGACCGGGAGAGGAACCGCAUGCAUCACCUCAACUCCGCCCUGGACGCGCUCCGCAGCGUCCUGCCCACCUUCCCCGACGACGCCAAACUCACCAAGAUAGAAACUCUCCGCUUCGCCCACAACUACAUCUGGGCGCUGACCCAGAGCCUCCGCCUGGCCGAGCAGGGCCUGCCCGAGCCCCCCCCGCCACCUCCCCCAGCGGCCGCCGCCUCCCCCGGGCCCUGGGACUCGUCCUGCCCCACCGCUCCACCGCCCGCCACCCUGCGCCGCGGCCCCGCCGCCUUCCCCGCCUUCCUCUGA